AUGAAAAAACUCGUGAAAACACUCUCUCGCAAUUUACACGCCAUCUCUUCCUCCAAUAACAAUAACAACAAUAAUAAUAACAAUCAUGGCGAUCCAUCAUCAUGUCCGACAACAACUCACUCGAAUUUCCUUUCAAUUCCUUCUUCGAAUGGUCAUCAUCGAGAACACUUGUCUUCAUCGACUGGAACUCUUGAAGUACCUUCAUCAUGUUCUUCUAUUCAUCAUCACAGUUAUGAUGAUUUAGAAAAAUGUGCCUCUACCACCUUGUCUAGAGAUGAUCAUUUCAACGGUUCGGGAAAUGAUUUGGCAGUUUCAAAUUGUCAGAAAAAGAAGAAGAGAUCAUUCUUUUCCAAAUCACAGAAUCAGUUGCAUGAAAUGAAGGGAGCUGAUAAUGCCAUGAAUACGAAUUGGAGUCAGCAAAUUGCAAGUUAUUUGCAAAUUCCGAGUCGUGGCGAGUCAAGUGCUGUCACUUGUCAAGCGAGGUCAACUCUGUCAGGCAAUAACAAGGAGCGACCAGUCAUGACAUUCACUCUCGAACAUCUUUCAGCAGACGUCUUGCAAUAUAUCUUGGCUUUUUUACCAUGUCAAUCCAUUCAUACUUGCUUCUCAGAUGAAUACAACACUUAUUUGAGUCUGUACAAAGCCAUCCAACAAGGUAUUCAACAAUUUCCAAAACGCAAAACUGAAACUCUCAAUUCCAAACAAAAGAAGCAACUCAAAAAGCUCAUUUAUUCUAACGACAACUCUCUCACUAUGAAUUCUUCCUAUUAUGGAAUUUUUUCUCUUUGCUUUACAAAAAAGUAUUUUCUCGAAGAAUUGUAUGAACAAGUUUCAUUUUGGCAAUAUCUGUGUGAACACUUUUACAAAGUAGACAUUUCACGAUUCAAUGAAAUGAAAGCCAAACUCAUGAGAUGCAAAAUAUUGAAAGAAAAUGAUUCACCACUUGUUUGCUGGAAACAAAUUUUUCGGUAUUACAAUGAAUACAUUGCACGUUGGGAGACAGAUCUGGUUUACAAAAUUUUCAAAAUUUCAAGACAAGACACGAAAAUUUCUCGAAUUUUAAAAGAAAAGAAAAAUUCAUGGACCAGUCAACUUGCAUACAAUCUCAAAGAAGAAACACUUCGUACGGUAUUUCAAACCAAUCAUUCCACCUCGGACUAUUAUGCCAUCACUUCCACAAGUUUCGCACCUAACAACUUGUAUUAUUUUGAAUUUACUUGUAAAUAUAACACGCAAUCGAGAAUUGCUGUUGGAGUGAUUCCCAAUACGAAUGCAUUUUAUAAGGAUCAGUUGGAAAAUGUGAAUGAUGAAUCUCAAGAUCAUCAUCAUCAAAUUGAUUUAGAUUCUUCCUUUAAUUCUGUCACGUCCAAUCAUGAUAACCAUUCACCAAACAUUGGUUCCUCCAGUAACAAUGCAACCAUUCCUCCACAACCAUUUAAUCCACUAGAGUAUAGGCCACCUGUCGAUGUACCUUGCAUGUCAUUAUUGGAAAAUACAGAAGAGGGACAAUUGUUUUUACCUGGUGACAAGAUUGGUGUCAUUUGUGAUUAUUCCUUUAGUGAGAAGAAUGUCCUCAAAUUGUAUUUUUGUUUAAAUUGGGAUUCCUCCAAAGAUUAUUCAUGUUUCAAAAAGACUCUUGAACGCAUUAGACACGUAGAAAGAGAUGCCAACUGUCCAUUUUCAUUUCAUGAAGAAAAAGUAUGCUCCUAUUUGCUAAAAUAUGAUUUACACAACAUGCAGAAAGAAGUUUUCCAAUUGAAUGGAACUGCUUUCGAUGGACAUUCAGCGGGUAGCUCUUCUUCACGGAGUAAUUUAUUUUCAUCAUCGACUGCUUCCAUGUCGACCUCAGCAUUGACCUCACUGCACCACAACCUUCAACAACAGUCACAAUUAAGUGUUCAAAGUUCUCCUAAUUUACAUUUGGCCGCUAACAAAGCUAUGGUUUCUUCUUCUAACUCGAUGAAUAGUACUGCCACUCCCAAUCAAACGAAGGAUGUUACUACCACCACGACAGCACCCACCAUCUCUUCUCACCUGAAAAACAUGUCAUCUAACUCAAUCUCACCAAAUCCACUCUAUGAAGAACGAAUUAUGGCUCCUUUCAAGAAACAUGAUCUUCGACUUGUGUAUUUUAUUCCAAAUUUUAGAAAUUCCACAGAACAACAUUUCCAAUUUCCAAAAUGUUACAAAUCCAAUCAAAGACGUGAAUUAAUUUCCUUCUUGAAAGUGAAUGAACAAGUGAAUAUGAAUGAUUCGAACGCAAAUCUUCCAUUCCGUUCAUUGAAUUCUUCGUUUGAUCCAAGUAAGGAAAGACCUACUUCUUCCACAGCCGAUUUGAAUUUACCAGACUUGAAACUGUGCAUGUCUUCGUUGGAAGUUGGAGAUGCUGUGUACAUUACCAAACCUUCUCUACCUUAUCCUCCAUUGUAUUAUCAUUUAUUGGCCACCAAGAAAUUCAAAACGUCUCAACAAUAA